UUAAAAUCACAUCUGAAUUAAAACGCGAAAUGCAAGAAAACUCCGCCACUGAAAAUUUCAAUAAAUGUCGAUAUUGACGAUAUUACACGUGGACUCACAAGGCGCCUCUACCCGAUCGCAAGACGAAUAAUGUCUCGCAUAGCAACGAAACAUCAGAGGGUUUUCACCAAUAGGCAGUAGGGUGCGAUAUUGGGCAGUCUUGAACACCGGCUUUUGAGUAGUGUUAUUGUUAUUUUAGUUUGUUAAUUUAGUUAAAACUGUGCAGUUUGGUAUUCGGUAUCUAGUUUAUCCUGUCACUCACAACAGUUGUUUGCUGAAAAUGGAUAUAAGAAAGUUUUUUAAAUCUAAAGCAAGUGGGAGUAAGGCAUCUGAAAUUACUGAUGGUAAUGGUAUUAAUAAUGCUAGCACUAGUGGUAAUUGUGGAUUACCUGAAUUAGCAACUGAGGCAGCUAGAAAGAAAAGUAACACUUCUGAGUCUGAGUCACAUACUGCUGAAAAUUUAGGUUUAAUAGAAACUAUUUCAUCGACUAAGGAUGUCUCUCACAACGAGGAGGAUGAUAUUUUCUAUCAUAAAUUAGACUUGGGCAAUUUUAUUAACCCGAAACUCCCACUACCGGAUAAUAUAAGAAUUGAUGUGAUUAAAAAUCCUUUUAAACCAAGUAUUAAUUACAAUUUUAAGGGUGACUCAAAAGAGGGAAAAAGGGCAUUUAGAUACGAAUGGUUUCAACAAUUUGAGUGGUUGACAUAUUCCUCAAAAUUAAAAGGAGCUUUAUGUAAAUACUGUGUAAUUUUUCGACCUGUAGUAAACAGAGGUGUACAAGGAGCGUCCAUUGUAAAGCCUUUUAUAAAAUACAAUGAUUUUAUGGCUUCUGCAAAGGCUCAUAGUUCCUCCGAUUGGCACAAACAAUCAACAAUCAAAGCUCAAAACUUUAUUAAGUCUAUUGAGCGAUCGGUUCUUCCUGUCAUUGAACAAAUUUGUAAUGCAGAGCGACAGCUAAUAGAGUCAAAUCGGAAGAAACUUUUUCCAAUUAUUUCUACUAUAAUAUUCUGUGGGACACACGACUUAGCUUUACGUAGCGCAACAAAAGGUAACUUUGAAGACCUUUUAGAUUUUAGGGUUGAAAGUGGAGAUGUUUUACUGACUGAGCAUCUAACCACUUCUAAUAAAAAUGCAAAAUAUACGUCUCAUCAAACACAAAAUGAAUUGAUUUCUAUAUGUGGAGAAAUACUUAGAAAAUAUAUCGUGGAGGAGGUUAAUUUUAGUGACGGAUUUUCUAUUAUUGCUGAUGAAAGUGUCGAUAUAGCUGGUAUAGAACAAAUUUCUAUCGGAGUUAGAUUUGUAGAUAAUACAAACUGCAUAAGAGAAGAAUUUUUGGGAUUUUCCGAACUGUCGUCUUUAAAUGCCGAAGGAAUCGCCAAGACAAUUUCAAACUAUUGUUUAGACAAUGGUUUAAACAUGGAGAAGUCGGUUGGUUUAGGGUUCGAUGGCUGUGCAACUAUGGCAGGACAUGAGAAUGGUGUACAAAAAAAAAAAGGAUAAAUAUCCAAAGGCAACGUUUUUUCAUUGUGCCUCCCAUAAAUUAAAUUUAGUAAUUAAUGACCAAAAUAAAAUGCAGGAUAUUCAAAACACAGCAGCCACUAUUAAAGAAACCAUAAUUUUUUUUCGAGAUAGCCCUUUACGAAGAAAGUACGUCCCUAACUUACCAUUAUUUUCUGAGACA